AUGCGCCCUCGUUCUUCCCCCUCUGUGGUCAGUCACAACAACAGUGAACCAAGCGGACCACCGCCAGCAGCUGCCGCAACAACGCACUCCCGUCAACUGCCACUUUCGCCCCUCUACCGGCAACCACCUCACCGUCGUUGCUCCGCUAACACCGACCGGCCCCGCCGGCCGGCUCGCUUCCUGUGCCUGUGAGAGGAUGUUCGAACGGAGGAUUAUGUCUUCCGGCGAAUGACGGCGCAUUAUGACCCAGCGAGAGUGUCCACUACCCCGGGGGAGCAAGUGAAAACGGCGGCAAGCGGCAAGGCAGGACCGCCAAGCCAUGUUGGUGUGAGUUGUGAGCUGUUCCUGAGCACGGGAGGAGGAGGAGGAGGCGGAAGGAGUGAAGGAGUUUGCCACACAUCCCGUGUUGGGGGGCCACCGCUACCGCCGCCAUGGGCAACGCGGCCACCAAGUUCCGGAAGGCGCUGGUCGGCGGUGACGAGGCACUGGCCUGGCAACUGUACGAGGGCAAUCCGCAGUUCAGGGAUGGCCUGGACCCCAACGCCUCGUACGGCGAGCAAUACCAGCACAACACGCCGCUGCACUACGUCUGCCGCCAUGCCAUGACGCGGCUGCUCAGGUCCUUCUUGUUCAGCAAGGAGGGGAACCCCAACAAGCGGAACGUGCACAAUGAGACGUGCCUCCACGUGCUGUGCCAGGGUCCGCUCAUCCUGCUGUUGCCUGAGGGGGCUCUGUCGCCGCGCCUCGCCCGGCCUCAGCGGGACGAGCAGCGACGUGCUGACUGUCUGCAGAUGAUCCUAAGCUGGACGGGGGCUCGACUGGAGGGGGGCCAGUACGAGAAGGCCAACGUCAACGCCACCGACAACCGCCGCAGCACCUGCCUACACUAUGCCGCUGCGUCGGGUAUGAAGAGCUGCGUGGAGUUGCUCAUCCGGAGCAAGGCGGACCUGUUCAUCGAGGACGACGACAAGCUGACGCCUUGCGACUACGCGGAGCGCCACCACCACACCGAGCUGGCCCUCAGCCUGGAGUCGCAGAUGGUUUUCUCCUCCUCGCCGGAGUCACGGCCGCCAGCGCCGCACUCCGAUGCGGACGCGCGCGGCGAAAUCAAGCUCCUGCCGCACAAAGAGCCUUAUGAGGGCCUGAAACUGCAAGACCUUCGCCGGCUGAAGGACAUGCUGAUCGUAGAGACGGCCGACAUGUUGCAAGCACCCCUCUUCACUGCUGAGGCCUUGCUGCGAGCGCACGAUUGGGACAGGGAGAAGCUGCUGGAGGCGUGGAUGUCGGACGCUGAGACCUGCUGCCAGCGCUCGGGCGUGGCCAUGCCCACACCGCCGCCCAGCGGGUGCAACGCCUGGGACACCUUGCCCUCGCCACGCACCCCUCGGACGCCUCGCUCGCCUGUCAUGCUCACCUUCACCUCCCCCACGGACAGCUGCCUCACGCCCGCCGAUGAGGGUCUAGCCACGUGUGGCAUCUGCCUGUGCUCCAUCUCCAUUUUUGAGGACCCCGUGGACAUGUCCUGUGGCCACGAGUUCUGCCGAGCGUGCUGGGAAGGGUUCCUGAAUAUUAAGAUCCAGGAAGGCGACGCGCACAACAUCUUUUGCCCCGCCUACGAGUGCUACCAGUUGGUGCCCGUGCACGUCAUCGAGAGCGUGGUCUCGCGGGAGAUGGACCAGCGCUACCUACAGUUUGAUAUCAAGGCCUUUGUGGAGAACAAUCCGGCCAUCCGCUGGUGUCCGGCGGCACGCUGUGAGCGGGCGGUGCGGCUCACCCGGCCCGGCCUGGGCGAGAGCGACCCACACGGCUUCCCGCUGCUGCCGUCCCCGGCCGUCGACUGCGGCAAGGGCCACCUCUUCUGCUGGGAGUGCCUUGGCGAGGCCCACGAGCCGUGCGACUGUCACAUGUGGAAGAACUGGCUCCAAAAAGUCACCGAGAUGAAGCCUGAGGAGCUGGCAGGUGUGAGCGAGGCUUACGAGGAUGCCGCAAAUUGCCUGUGGCUGCUGUCCAACUCCAAGCCCUGUGCCAACUGCAAGUCCCCCAUUCAGAAGAACGAGGGUUGCAACCACAUGCAGUGUGCCAAGUGCAAGUACGACUUCUGCUGGAUCUGCCUGGAGGAGUGGAAGAAGCACAGCUCAUCGACGGGCGGUUACUACCGCUGCACGCGCUACGAGGUCAUCCAGCAGCUGGAGGAGCAGUCCAAAGAGAUGACUGUCGAGGCAGAGAAGAAGCACAAAAGCUUCCAGGAGCUCGACCGCUUUAUGCACUACUACACCCGAUUCAAGAACCAUGAGCACAGUUACAAGCUGGAGCAGAAACUGCUAAAGACGGCCAAGGAGAAGAUGGAGCAGCUGAGCAGAGCCUUCAUUAGCCGCGAGGGCGCCACGCCGGACACGCGCUUCAUCGAGGACGGCGUGAGCGAGCUGCUGAAGACGCGGCGCGUGCUCAAGUGUUCCUACCCGUACGGCUUCUUCCUGCAGCAGGGCAGCACGCAGAAGGAGAUCUUUGAGCUCAUGCAGACGGACUUGGAGAUGGUGGUGGAAGACCUGGCGCAGAAGGUGAACCGCUCCUACCUGAGGACGCCGUGCCACAAGAUCAUCAGCGCCGCCCGCCUGGUCCAGCAAAAGCGGCAGGAGUUCUUGGCAUCGGUGGCCCGUGGCGUGGCGCCCAACGACUCGCCCGAGCCCAUGCGCAGGAACUAUGCGGGAGGAUCGUGGGAUUGGGAGUACUUGGGCUUCGCCUCUCCUGAGAUGGGGAGUCGACAGUCUGUGCUGGGAGCAGGAGACCAAAGAGACCGAGCGGCACAGGAAUUGGCUGACAUUCAGUAUCGCCGACGGCAUCGAGCGCGGCGCAGGGGAGAGAUGCUGAAUCUGCACAAUCUCCGAAGCAGCAGCAACACGCCCGAGAGCAGCAGGAGGAGCGACAGCACAGAAGGCCUUGAGAGGAGUGAGGGCCGGCAUCGAGCGCUGGGCUCCCUGGACGAGGACGACCCCAACAUCCUGCUGGCCAUCCAGCUGUCCCUUCAGGAGACUCGACGAGACCGGGGCCCUGAGCUAGAGCGCAGGCUGCAGGCUCCCCCAGGGGGUCCCGCAGGGGACCCCGGUGACGACCCCCCGGGAGCGACGAGGGGCUCGCUGUCUCUUCCAGACCCUCCACGCCCUCCCAACAGGACAGACUCCUCGUCCUGUUCUUCUGCGUCGUCCGCGCCGCAGACCACCACCACCACCUUGCCCCUCCCUCCUCCGCCUCCCCCGCUCAGCGCCGAGCUGCUGAAGCUGGGAGACAGCCUUAUGAAAUUCGGGAACCCGGUGGCUACCGACUCGGACCCUCAGAGUCACUGCCACGCAAGCACACGUCCGGCCGAGGCCGAACACACUGCCCUCGAGAGUCCGUCCGACUAUGCUCUCCGUCGCCCCCCCGCCCAGUUGUGCCUGCCGUCUCCGGAGCUCGAACCCGAGCUGCUGCUGCUGUCGCCGAUUAUCCCGCCGGGGGGUCCUUUCACCCCCAGCGACCCACAGAGCCUGGAGGCCCUGGACCCCACCGCCAGCGCCCAGCUGCUGGACAACAUCAUGGCCUGGUUCAACCACAACAUCACGCCGCAGAACAACCCUCAGAGCCUGGCCCUCAUCCCCUCGCCGCCCACCACCGAGAGCGACUCGUCGCCGGAUGCGCUCACGGAGGCGGCCCCGGAGGCAUUUGCCGCCCAAUCCGCCUUCGCCUGGCAGGCUCCGGAGGGACAGCUGGACCCACCACACUCCUGUCCCAGCAGGCCCAGUACGCUGGAGUUGGACAACAGAGCGACCGAGGAGCAGAAAGACGAAGAAAGUGAUCGAGGGGCAGCGGACGCGUCUCCUCACACAGACGACCCCGAAGACUUGGACCUGGUCCUUCAGCUGGAAGAGGACCAGUCCCCGGUAGAGUGGGAGGAGAAAGUCCACUUGGUGUGAGGUAAAAGAAGAGAGCUGCUUUUUACUUUGUGUAUUAUUCUGAAGAUUCUUACUGUCCAAUCAAACCUCGGUUCACAAGAUUUUUAAAAACAUUUUGCUUUGGUUAACAAAUGUUCCAUGUGUCACCUAUUCCCAUGCAGGUGUUUUUGUAUUUUUUUUUUGCGCUCAAUUAGCCCUCAUUCUGGCAGAAGCAAGAUGGCAAAUUUGUCUUUGUAUUCCUGUUCUUGCUCUGCGGUUUGACGAAAUCUUCAUAGUAAAGUAUUUUUGUUUCUCUCCCAAAAAAAAAAAUCAUAAAAACAAGAAACGUUCUAGGACUGAGAGCAGAUUAAUUCUUUUCAGUGUUUUUGAACCGAGGUUUGACUGUAAUUAUUGGAAUGAUGUAUCUAAUGAGGACGUGAAGCAAUGAUGUCAAGGGGAGUUUUUUUUGUUUUUUGUUAAUUUGUGUUUAAAAAGCAAAGCAAAGCUUGAAAAGAUGGUCACGCAAAUUGCUGCACAUUUUGUUUUAAUUUAUUCCCAUUCAUCACUUGUCCACAUAUAAUCAGGUAUUUAUUUGAUGUGUAUUUUUUAAAUCUAGAAGUACUUUUCGAGAAUCUUAAUUUAUUUUACUUUUUUUUUUUUUUAACUAUAAUGAAUAUUUCCACUGUUAAUAUAAUGGUUCCUUAUACAUGGUGGCAUCCAUUUUGUUUUGUUACCCACUGAGGCGUCCAUUUUGUUUGACCAGAUACAGUUCUUUGCCUUGGAAAGACCCACAUAGACCAAGAAAGCUCCAAUCAUGUGAACAGGCAUGCAAAAGCAGACAGGUGGCGCUCUAACUCCUUAGCCAAAGUCAAAAGCCAUUCAAGGAAAAGGCUAAAAAAAAAAAAAAAAGAUGAUGGUGUUCGAUUCCCAUCUGUACCAAAACAAAACCUUUAAAACAGUUGGUUAAAAUUGAAGUAAGCCAUUUCAGGAAAAGACCAAAUAGCCAAUUCAAAACAUUAAAACUGAGCUUCUGGUAGUUAUGAAAAAACAGCCAGUUCCAAUGUUUAAGAAAAACAGUGUUUGAAAAAAAAUAUACCGGUGUGUGUGUGUAUAUAUAUAUAUAUAUAUAUAUAUAUAUACAGUAUACAUUUUUAAUCUUUGUAUGACUGUCUUCACACUUUUUUAUUCACGUUACCGUGUACAAUUUGAUUUACAUUAGAAAAGUAUAGAAUGUAAAACAAUUCUUCAUCCCUGUGUACAGUGCAUGCCAAAGCAACAGGUGGCACUGGUUAAUCGAUAAUCUUAAAAGCCAAUUAGAUACCUGAAGAAAGCCAUUUCUGGAAAAGACACCAUAACCAUAAAUCAAUGUUACAUUAUUCCGGAAAAAAUAAACAAUUUUAUUAUCCACGUACAAAUACCAAUUUGGACAAAACGGUUUUUGAAAUGUGAAACAUUUCCAAACGUUCAUUCCCCCCCACACCCCUCGUUUGAUGCCUGUUUUUGUCCCAGGGUAGCAUUCGCGUUUGACUUAUGUCACCAAAUAAGGUUCCACACCUUUAUAAAGGUGUCCAAAAUUUGAAAUCUCCAUCUAUGUAAACUGUGUAUGCCAAAGCAACAGAUGGAGCUGUAACUCCUGUAAUCAGAGAUUUUGUCUGAUUUUUAGGCAUUUCAAGAAAAGGCACCUAAACGAAGAUAACAUCGACAUCUAACAUUUUUUUUAAUCUAAGCAAUUUGCAAUUUUAAAAAAAAUGUCUUAGUUUAUUUUUCCUGAAUACUUGUAUUUGUGUGGACUUGGCCUGAAAAGUGUUUUUUCUGUGGCGUUUCGGUGCUUCAAUCCAAACAAACAGCCAAUGUUUUUUUUUUUUAAUCAGGGCCCAACAUUGGGGGGAAACACACAAUCCUGCUGUAGCCUUCGGAGCUAGCCCUAGCGUACUGUACAAUCAAGAGGGCCUCAUUUUUGAUACUGGAUCUUCAAGCACACUGCCUGGAGGAGACAAACCAGACCCUCUCUUAUGUUUGAUUUUAUUUUUCGUUUUUGUCUGCCAACAGAUACACUAGUUAGUAAUAUCACAAUUACAACAGGGGCAGCCAUUUCCUUUGCCCCUUUUUUGUGGAGAUUAGUGUCCAUUUCCUAAGUGCCAUCCAUCUUCUUCUACACAGUUGCCAUCAGUGGAGUAUUUUGAUUGUAGCAAUUUUUUUAAUGCAGAUGUCAAUUUUACCAUACACUAAAAGAUUCUUGAAAAAAUGUCAAUGCUUUUGGGUUUUUGCACAUAAAAAAAGCAGAAAUAUUUAUUUUUGCCCCUCUACUGAAAUGACCAUGUGCAGUGUGUUGUUAAUAGACAUACUUUUGUCUGUGUGCCUUUUUUAGGGUAGCUUUAAUCAUGUUUCGAAACUAUUUGUAUUGUUGAUUUUUUUUUUUUCCUUCAAUCAGAAUUUACAUUUCGACAUUGCUGUGGGCUGCGUAAAAUUCCUCCACGGGGCCCGAGUUGGACACCAGGGACCAAUCAUGUUGCCUCAAAAUGUUUAACGUCAAAAUACGAUUCAGUCCUUAAUUUCCUCUUAAUCAAGUUUGGACAUUUUGGAAUUAGAAUGUCAAAAUUAAUCCGAAAUAAUGCGUUAAUUGCUGUCAACGUUUUGUACAGUGGCUGCAACGCCUUCGAGUGACUGUCGGUUUGAGAGAAAAAAAUAUAGGUUAACAUUUCAUACCACAUUUUUAUUUGGGAAGUGUGACACACACUUGGUCAUUUAUGAUGAUUGAUUUUCUUUGGCAUUUGUGGCAUUUGGUGAUGGUUUUAUUGUGACACCUCAAAGAAUAGCAGGAAAGGCAUUUUCACGCUUAUCUAUGAUACUUGAUACAUUCCCACUUGCAUCCAAAAGAGUAGUUCUUUAAUGUGUGACUACAAAAAAAAAGUGUCAAAUGAAAGUGUGUCAGUGCAAAGUUUACGCUCAAUUAAAAAGAAAAAACACUG